AUGGAGACAACAUUAACUACAAUGCGUGAUUCAAUUACCACCUUGGUUGGAUUGGAAAUCAACGCUGAAACGGUUGUCAAUUGCACAACAACUGCACAACAACUACUGCUCAAACUAGGGAAAGAACUCAAAGGGAGUUGGAGGGGCGAGCUUGCUCUCCUUACGGCGUUACAAGAGUCUCGAACUUUUGCCAACCCCAUCGAAACCUCAACCAGGAUGAAGAUGAUCUACUUAUGGUAA